AACGCGGUGUUUAACCGGAGGAGUAGUGGGCGGUGAGAGCGGCUGAUGGAUGAUUAGAUUUACGGUGUGGAGCACGGCGGGGAGAGAGGAUGACUCACUCCCGUCUGAUGUGAUGUUUCACCGCGCAACAGUGCGGUGGCACGCCGGUACCUCAGCCUGACACAUCGGUGUUUGCUCCGUCAAUAAAAGUCAAACUUAAGCAAACUGUUAAGAUGCGUUUGAAUGACCCUAAAACACGAUGUUUGUUUCCAACUUGAGUGCUCGUCACUUGGCAGUUAGAAGAGAGACCGAGCGUCGUGAUUUAACGUAUAUUUCGUGACGCCUGAUUGCCAUGGCAACAGUGCUCCUGCGCUGAGAGGAAACUGUCCGUGUUAACUUCAGCAUCAACCUAUUCAAGGGGUCGGAUAAACCUGUUGGAUAUUUCUCUGUGUGUUUUUCUUUUUUGUGUGCUGCUACUCUGGCUUUACUCCAUUUUAAUUUGGCCACAAACAAGGGAAAUAAAUCCAGGAGGAGCCAAUGAGCGGUGCUUCAUUCAGUAGCUGUAUGACUCAUAUAGUCUUAUCUAUAAAGAAGCCAAGUGGCAGGAGAGCAGUCCUGCUGCAGGACCGAGCUGAUGUAACCCCUGAGAUUCACUAGAGGCUGCUGUGGGCCAUGCUUCCCAGUGCUCCCAGUCACCGUCACCACAUGUACACUGAUGACCACUAACACUGACACAGGCUGUUCAUACUGUGCACCCAGCAGAUGCUGUUUACAUGACCUGUCUUUCAUACAGGUGAGAAUUAUGGAGCUUCAAACUGAGAAGAGGUUCCACAACUUGACCCUCGAGCAGGUCCAGGCUCUGGACAAAGUCUUGACUGAGGUGAUCCCCAUCCACGGACGAGGGAAUUUUCCUACAUUGCAGGUGAGAGCGAAAGACAUCAUUCGUGUGGUGAAGGAUCGGCUGGUGGAAAGAGACAUCCAGGUUAGAGAUAUACGCCUUAAUGGCGCCACUGCCAGCCAUGUCCUGGUGAGGGAUAACGGCCUGGGCUACAGAGACUUAGACAUCAUUUUUGGAGUGGAGCUGCCCAGGCAAGAGGACUUCCAGGUGAUUAAGGAGGUGGUGCUAGGCAGCCUAAGAGACCUCCUCCCUUGUGGAGUUAACAGACGGAAGAUCACCUGCCUGACAAUGAAGGAAGCAUAUGUGCAAAAGAUGGUCAAAGUUUUCAAUGAGCAUGACAGAUGGAGCCUUAUCUCACUGUCUAACAACAAAGCUAAAACCGUGGGGCUUAGAUUUGUUAGUGCCCUUCGAAGACAGUUUGAGUUCAGUGUGGACUCCUUCCAGAUCAUAUUAGAUCGCAUGCUGGAGUCCUACUGGGAGACUGAAAGGAGACAAGGAGGAAAGUUGGCAUUGAAUGCUCAGAAUUUGUCAAAAAGACACAAUGAGGAUGAAAAAAAAGCUCGAGAGCAAACAAGCAUCCCUCAGGUUGCUGCAGGGGAUAGCGAAAAAGACUCAGGAAAGGCAGCCGGUGGAGAAAGUCCAUCUCAGGAUGAAGCAGUUACUGUGCUUGAGAAAGAGCUUCCACAUACACAGGCUGAGCAUGAAGAUGGAAAGCAUGACGCACAGCAGGAACCUGAGGGCAUUAGCUCAAAGCUAACAUCUCGGCAGGAGGAAGGGGAAGUGGAUGGCAUAGAGGAUGUUCAUUCAGAGGAGGACAUUGUUUUUGAGCUAUGUGGAGAAAAUGGCGAAGAGAAAGGAGAGUUUCACAGCGAUUAUCCUUUAGUUUCAUCCCCUAAAACGUUAUUCACAGAUGUCAGGAAUCCGCUGAUGAUGCAUGCAUGUUUAAAGCUUCAGAGUAAAGAAGAGCUAUCAGAGUCACAAAUUUCCCAGACAGCAUCCACAGAGCAUACGGAAAAUUCAGCCCCGCAGGAACGAGUCCAUUGUGAAGAAAUUACUCAGUUUAAAGUAGACGCUGCUGUCUGCAGAACUGAAAAUACUGCAAACCUACAAGAUCCACAUCUUGAAUUCUCCUUUCCUCCCCCAGCUAAGAAAACUUGCAGCACAUCACAGGAUAUUGUACCAGACUAUUGCCCCUCGCCAAAAUUGCAAAGAAAAAUGUCUCGGAAAAUGCUCAGUAAGCCACAACAACUCCCUGAGAAAUGGUCUUUACUGACUGAUUUGUCAGAUCUUACAACACAGCUGUUCCCACCGAUAGAAAUACCCAAACCACUUCAGCCAAAGCCUCCUUUACCGGACAGCGCUAAAGUUAAUUGCUCAAAUGUACCAGGCUCCAUGCAGGAGACCUUUGAGGGCACAGACACCCUCACAGUUCCCACAUACAGUCCAGCCAGCACACCUCAGGGUGGGACUGACUCAAAUGAAACCAUAGAACAAACUGUUAAGCCAAAACACUCGAAGAAGCCUCCCGAUUCAGAGAUUCCAAGCCACACAUGUGCAGCAAACAUCCCCACACAGCCUCAGGUUGAUGAGCAGAGACAUGAGCUGGCAGACACCGUCCCAAACAGCAGUGGGUUGAGCUCAUGGGCCGGGGCGGCAGGGGAGUCCACCAUCACUGUGGAAGCAGAGUGCAUGUACGGAGACUUUGAGCAGGCGAUGGACCACCUCCGCCACCGCCUCAUUGCCACCCACAACCCAGAGGAGAUCCGAGGAGGGGGCCUGCUGAAGUACAGCGACCUGUUGGUGAGGAACUUCAGGCCAGCCAGCGAGACAGAGAUCAAGUCCUUGGAGCGAUACAUGUGCUCCCGCUUCUUCAUUGACUUCCCUGACGUGAGCGAGCAACAGCGGAAGAUUGAGGCGUACCUGCAGUGCCAUUUCAUCGGCAACGAGGAGGCGAGCAAGUACGACUACCUGAUGACCCUGCGGCGCGUGAUAGACGAGAGCACGGUGUGUUUGAUGGGACAUGAGAGGAGACAGACGCUCAAUAUGAUCACAGUCCUGGCCCUGAGGGUGUUGGGCGAGCAGAACGCCAUCCCCAACACAGCCAACGUCACCUGUUUCUAUCAGCCGGCUCCUUACAUGACAGAGCCGAUUUACAGCAGCUACUUCAUCACCCAGGCCCAGCCCCCGCUUGUCUACCACCCCUACCCUCUCCAUGUCCACAUGCAGACUGGCCUGGUGUAGCUACAGUGACAUGCCCACAGGGAGGCAUGAAGGCUACUUUCAGCAUGGUGCUCUGCAAGCAGAGGCACAAAUGGAAGUUUUAACAACAACAGGCAACCACGGGCGCAGUGUUGUUUAAUGCUUUGAAAUCCCUCCUGAUUAUGACAUGAAAGAUCACGAAAGGUCAGAACUGAAAGGGGUCUGGAUGCAAAGCAUGUCACCCUUUCGAGAUGAAGACUUUUGAAAAGGAAAGAAUCGCUAAGAGCCCACUUUUCAGAAAGCUCAGAGAGAGGAUUUCAAUGAACCUGAGGGACUUUGUUUCUGGUUGUUUCAGCUCCGUUUUGGCGGGGCUCUGUACCAGUCACCCUCCCCUGUUGAGGAGAAUGUGAUAAUGUAAUGUGAUGAUUCUCUAUGGCUAGAAGAUAAACUCAUCUAACAUAUAAAAACAUAAUCUAUGAA